AUGGAAGCGGGCCAUCCGGACCACGGCGCCGCGAAUCCCAGGAGGUGCGCGGCGUGCAAGUACCUACGGCGGAGGUGCGCCCCCGACUGCGUCCUCGCGCCGUACUUCCCCGCGUCGCAUCCUCGGAGAUACGCCGACGUGCACGCGAUCUUCGGCACCAGCAACGUCACCAGAGUGCUCCAGAGCCUGCCGGUGCAGGAGCGAGGCCGGGCGGCGGACACGAUGGCGACGGAGGCGCACUGGCGGGUGCAGGACCCCGUGUACGGCUGCGCGGGGAUCAUCGACCGGCUGCAGGAGGAGAUCCGUGCCGUGCAGCGCGAGCUCGCCAGCACGCGGGCGCAGCUCGCCGUCAUGCACAUGAGCGGCACGGCGACGCAGCUGAGCGCGCCACGGCAAGGAGCGCAGCCACUGUCUCCUCUUCCUCCGCCGCCUCUUGUUGCUGCUGCUCAUGCUGCAACGGUGCACACCGGCGGUCGUCAUCGCGUCGCCGUGCACCACCAGGAGGACGAGGAGGCCCCGUUGAUGGACCCGGACGAGUUCCUCGACCUCGAUGGCCGGCUCUGA